AAGUUUUAGCAAAUCACCGCUGCACAAACUUUAAGCAGAUGGGUGUAUCCAAGGAGCAAGUCAUAGCUACAUUGACUUCAAAACUCAAUCCUGUUCAUCUGGAAGUCAUCGACACAUCUGGAGGCUGCGGUGCGAGUUUUGUGGUUGAGAUUGUCUCGGAACAGUUUGAAGCGAAGAGAUUGCUUGAGAGGCACCGCAUUGUAAACGCUGCUCUUGAAGAAGAGAUGAAAGAAAUCCAUGCCCUCUCUAUAAAGAAGGUUCAAACUCCACAACAAUGGAAGCCAGAAUCACAACACUCCGAAACAACUCCAACCACAGAGGCUUGAAGUCAAAAAGACAGCAACAGACCUUAGCUGUUGUAUUAAUCUUGCACCUUGCUUAAGAUAAAAAGCCUGUAUUUAACUUUGACCAGUUCCAAGGUAAGUUAAUAAUAAGCUUGUACUUAAAUAAUCAUGUAAGGCGAGAUUACUUAUAAAUUUGAACACAA